AUGUUUAAAAUCAAAGCAAGAAAAUUAAUAAACAGUAGGAUACCAUUAUCACGAUGUUUGAAACGUAAUUAUUCAUAUCACUAUAAUUAUCAACAACAAUAUAAGCCAAGAACUUCAUUUGCUCAAAAAUUCUUAUAUACGAUCGUGGGUUCAACUGUUAUAUCUGGUUAUUGUUAUUAUAUGUUUUGGCCAAAACAUACAUUUCCAAAAUCAGUGGCUAAAAUAUUACGAAAAGGAUUAUGGGCAGAAUCAGAGCGUGGAGAAUUUGAUUAUCAAUUAGCUUUAAAAUAUUAUAUUGAAGCAUUAUUACAUUGUAAAGAAAUUAACAUGGAUCCAUUAUCUGAUGAAUACACAGGUAUACAAUUAAAAAUUGCAGAAAUGUAUGAAAGAUUGAAUAUGUUAUCUGAUGCUGGAUUUGUACUUAAUGAAAUUGCAACAUUGUAUCUUUCUGCAUUGACUGCAAAAGAUUCAAAAUUGUCAAGAGAUAGAAGAAGACAUUUAAUUCAAAAAGAUUUAAGAAUUGCUUUAAAAUUAGUUGAAUUAAAUAAAUUAAAUCCUCAAUUAAGUAAAGCUAUUUUAAUUACACAUUUGAUUAUUGCUCAAGAUGAAGUUAACAAAAUGAGUAAAGGAAAAGGUUUAAAUCUUGAAGAAGGAGCAAGUAGUGGUGGUACAUUUAAAGCUGUUCCUGAUUCCGAUGCAAUUAUAAUUAAUGAUGAAUUAGGUAAAGAAGUGGGUAGGGUCGAAAAAACACCUGAAAUAUGGUAUCCUUUCACUGAUGAAUUUUUCAAUUGUAUGGAUUUAUUAUCUGCUAUAUGUAUAUCUACUGGUGAUUUAUCAAUGGCUACAAAAAUUAAAAUUUCAAUGUGUGAAUCUAUGUUAUUAGCAGAUAUUGAACCUUUUAAAAUGUUAUUAAGUCAAUGUAAUUUAGGAGGUUUAUUAUAUAUGCAAGCUGAAGAAAUAGAAGGACAAGAAAUAAGAAUCAAGAAAGGUAAAGAAGAAAUAGAUAAACCUGAAUCAGAAUUAGAAAAAUUGGCGAAGUCAAGAGAGGUUUGCAUUAAUCUUGCCAUAAAAUCAUAUUCUUCAGUUCUUGAAUUUGCUAAAACUAUACCAAAAGAUGUCAUUUCUGAAAAUAAUGAAAUUUUGGAAACUGUUGCAUUGGCUACUUAUGGGUUAGGUGUUAUAAAUUUACAUUUGCAAAAUUAUGAUAAAGCUGAAAGAUUAUUAAGAGAAUCAAGAGUAAGGUCAAGACAAUGUAAUUAUGGAUAUUUGAUACCUGAAAUUGAAAGAGAAUUGGGUAAAUUGUUUAAAGAAAGAAAGGAAGUUAAAGAAGGAAAAGAUCCAAGGAGGAAGAAAGAAGUUAAUGAUAUUGAAAUGGAUAUACACUUGAAAUAA